AUGUUUCUAUCGAAAAGAAAAUCAACAAGACGCCUGCCCAGAGUUCUUUCAUUGCUGGCUGUGAUGAUACUCUCGCACUCGCAGGAUGCUGCUGGUUACACCCCCUACGUCUUCAAUUGUUUCGAGGAAGGCUUCGACAAAUGCAUCCAUGGAACAUGCAAUGAGAAUACCAAAAGAUGUGAAUGCGAUGCUUUCUAUGCCGGCGACGACUGCUCCACUCCCAGCUACCAAUGUGCCGAUGGCGUUACCUUUUGCUACAAUGGAGGCAUUUGUAUUCCCGACAGUACGAACACAUCAAAAUACAACUGUGAUUGCUUCAAGCAUGAAGGAAUUACCCUCUACAAAGGCGACUCUUGUGAAACUCCUACAUAUGUCAGUUGUGAAAGACACAGUCGGGGAGAUUUCUCCUAUUGCAUCAAUGGAGGAAGCUGUAGAGCCUAUGUGACACAACAACAGGAACAUGUCCCCUGCGAUUGCUCUGGUGCUCAGCGGCGGGAAGGACAAGGAAACGAACAAGGAAACGCCAUGUGGGACGAGCACUGCCAAUUCCUUGGCUAUAUGCCCUUUCCGACAAUGCAAGCAACGACUUUCAACAGUGGCCUUUCGGAGAUUGGAAUACUGGGCAUUGUCAUGAUUGUCGGGGGUGUGAUUGCGUUUGCAGCGGUGCUGGGGCUACAGAUACGACGACAAAAGCAAUCCUGGGAUACACAAGAAGCUAUACUUGUUGCCAGUCAACGCAACAAUACUACAGAAUCAACAGAAGAAGAAGAAGAAGAGGUGGUGAGUUUUGAGGAGGCCGACCUGGAAAUGCCUCUUCCUGGUAGCAUCCCCAAAUUCACCCAUGUGAAGGAAGGCGAAGAGAAACAAACGGACACCACUACUACUUCAUCAACAACAAUCAGCACCAACUAUGGAAUUCCAAAGGGUCAAGUCGGCCCCGAGCACACCAUUACUUGAGGAUUGUUUGUGUCAUGGUGAUGACGUUUGAUGGAGGCGGCCUACGUGCACCGGACACGCAUGGUAUCCUAUAGGUGGAAUCAUGGAGUCGCGUCAAUGCUGAGAUGUGGUUGUGGAACGAAUCGAAUCGAAUCAAUGAAACGAUAACUUCCUUGCUUAUGUUCAGGGUGGGGCAGGGUUGUGAAUUGGAUCGUUGACAGGGCCAAGAGCUGCCUGUUGGCUCAACGGGAUUGCUUUCUGUGCCUUCGUUGUGCUAGUAGUUUGGACUCGACUCAGGAAAGAGCGUAAUUGUUUUUGGAGCUGACGACACUGACGUUCAAAGGGGCCCGGGACGUCUGCGGGUGUCAGGGAAGAAUAGAUUUGUGAAUCCUGAGGAGAAGUUUGACUAGAUUGAAUCCUGAGGAGAAGUUUGACCGCGUUGUCCUUCCCUCCCUCUAUACGUUGGCAUUCUAAUAUAUAUGUUCCUAUUGAGCCAGUUGACUUGCUUCUAAAAAGCAUUACAUUAUUGACAAUGAAA